UUUACAUCCAAGCUGGCUGUUGCAAAGCUUUUUGAAAGAGCCUUUCUGUUGAUAAAAUUGUGUUUGCUUUCAAUGCAAAAUUCUCUUUCAUGACUGGAAAAUUUUAUUUUGAAAUAUUUGUUUCUCUUCCCAUUUACAGGUGGACGCACUGUACACAAGGGAUUGUUGGUACUACACAGACUCACUCAAAUUGGCAACAAUUGAAAAGGUAUCCUUAGUGCUCCAACUCUCCUCCUUAUCACCAACACACACACACACAAGUCAUCUCUGUUCUGAUUGGACAGCCAGUAUCAUACAAGCCUCCUGAUUGGUCAAAAAACAACUCUGAGCCUGGAGCACAUGCAUAUCAGAGCAACAGCCAGCCAACGAUCUCUCCGCCAAUAAAUCCUACCCUGCCUGCAAUCAAAUCUGCCUCUCAGCUCAGACUUGCUUGACACUUCUAGGGGGAAAAGAAAGAAAAUCGUACAGCUGUCCGUUUAGCCCCAAUGCAAGGAGUCUGAAAUGCGAUCCUACCCUUGAGAAGGAUUUGGCAAAUGUCGCGUGGCUGCCACGCUGGUGUAUGAGUCGCCCCCGACGAUGACAUGAAGCAGUGAAAAGUUUCAUUCAACUAGUAAAGGUCACAGCUCUCCGAUCAACAACUGCGCAGAUGAGGCUGAGAUAAGACGGACGGCACGUUUUUGAUCCGGAACGAGUGUUACGCACGGAAGAAAUUGCUCAUAUCGAUGAUGAGGGUUGAGUAACGUGAGUUGACUGCUCUGGUUUGAUUGAAUAUUGCUUCAGCAGCAGCGACGAGAAGUGGAUGUGCUGCAGAACCGCCGGAGGAAGUCUUCUGCAUUGCUACGGGCCGUGCAGCUAAUCUCGUUAAGAGAGAUAUUAAUGAAUUGGAUUGGCAGAAGCAUGGGAAAUUAUUGAAAAUUCCUUGUGAUGGUGGAAAAUUGUAUUACCCUGUUUUUCUCUUUUUAACCUGGAGCUCUGUAAAUGAUAUGCAGAUUUGAUUUGAUGAAGGAUUGCUUCAACCUGGAGCAAGAAUUUAAAAUUUUGUGAUAUUUUUUUUCCUGGAAAUUUUUAUUCAAAAGAGGAUCAGUUAGGAAGAUAUCGAGGGAAAGAAAUGUGCUUUUUGAGGAAUAUUACAAAGAGGAUUACCAUGCUCUACUGAAGAGGAUUCAUCAAGUUUGUCAGCACAGCAAUCGCGUCAUCAAUGCAACCAUCCAAAUGCGGGGUGAUGAUUAGCAGUUUAUUAAUGGCUUUCUAUUUUGAUUCAUUGCUAUCGAGAAAUAAUUAGAUAAAGUGGAAGGAUAAAUAGAGAGGUUGCCAAUUUGAUGUAUAGCCCUCAUCUUGUAAGGAUUCUCCGUGUCACAAUGGCGCGAUCCACAAAAGUACACACAGUGGUAACUGUCUUUGUCACAGCCACAAUCACAUACAUGUUGAUGCAUUCAAACUGUGGGGACACGACGGAGAAUGUGCGAAUGGUGCCCGUCGAACCUCACAUCCUUUACGACGACGCAAACAACGAAUAUACAUACCACCGGGAAAUGCCUCUCAUAUUCAUAGGCGGUAUGCCGCGGAGCGGAACGACUCUCAUGCGUGCAAUGUUGGACGCCCACGACGACGUGCGAUGCGGGGAGGAAACCCGCGUUAUACCGCGGAUACUGAGCAUGCGAGCUCAGUGGAUACGCUCUUCCAAAGAACACGCGAGGCUGCUCGAAGCAGGACUCACUGACGAUGUCGUCGACGACGCCAUCUCGGCGUUCAUGCUCGAGAUCAUCGCGAAGCACGGGGCUCCGGCCCCGCGGUUAUGCAAUAAAGACCCCUUUGUCCUCAAAUCUAUGUUAUACCUUCAUAAAGUGUUUCCAAAUGGGAAAUAUCUUCUCAUGAUUCGCGACGGGCGAGCGACGGUGCAUUCCAUCAUCUCGCGGAAAGUGACGAUAACGGGAUUCGACAUUACAAACUAUAGGGACUGCCUGAAGAAAUGGAAUCAGGCCGUUGAGAGUAUGUACGACCAGUGCCUGAGAGUAGGAAAGCAGUACUGUCUGCCAGUCUUUUAUGAGCAGCUCGUCCUCCACCCUAAGGAAUGGAUGGAGAAGAUCCUCACAUUCCUGGAUCUGCCCUGGGACGAAGCAGUCAUGCAUCACGAGGAACACAUAGGAAAACCAGGUGGCAUCUCGUUGUCAAGGAAAGAGAAAUCUACAGACCAAGUCAUUAAACCUGUCAACCUUGAAGCAUUGAGCAAGUGGGUCGGACAUAUACCUGGAGAUGUCAUCUCUGACAUGGCCAGCCUUGCCCCGAUGUUGUCCCGGCUCGGCUACGACCCCUACGCCCGCCAGCCCAGGUACGGCGACCCCGACCGAUUCGUCCUGGACAACGAGCAAAAGAUCGCCGACAAUGCAGCAGGAUUCAACGAAAACCUCAAGAGAGUUUACCGCGAGAAAGACAUCGAUCAACAAAUAGAAGGGCCCCGGGAUCCACGGCAAGGUCAACCAGCGCAAGCGAUGGACCAUCGGGAUCAGGGUGCGCAGGAUCAUUUUCCUAGGGCGCCCCCUGUUGACAGGAGAGACCCCAGGCAGUACGCGAGAGACAGGAGGAAUAAAAGAAGAGAAGGCCCAUAUCCGGUACCCGCAUGAUAAAGGGCCUGUAGAUUAGCUGUAGGAUGUAUAUAUUUAUAAAAUAUUUUAAUAUUUGGGAAUAAAACAGAAAGUGCCAAUGGUUUGCUUAUCGAGAGGAUGAUGAUGUGUACUCCAGCCCUUUCCUUUUUUUUCAUAGAUCAGGUACUAGGUAGAAAAUAGAAUUUUAGAAGUUCUUUAGACCACAUUGUAAAACAAGAAACAAAGGUUAUCCUUGUGUAACGUUAUGAAAAUAAUGACUGCGCAUUUUAGACCCAAUGAUCUUGUUUUAAGUGUUCCAUUUUCAUGUGAAGAUCCUACACUUAUAUGUAUUUCUGCAUAGGAAAAUGUAGAAUUAACGAAAAGACCCUAGUUCGUAUGAAAUAUUCAGAGUCCUAGACUGCCCACAAGAAGAUCCCAAGAGUUAUGUAUCAACAUUGCUGCUGCGUGUAGUUUUUGUUUUUAACCAUGAAAUUGCUUGUGGUUAAAACAAGUUUCUACAAGUACAUCCCGUCACUUUAAUACCACAAUAUAACCACAAAGGUUUGUUUAAAACCACGAGCUAAGCUUACAAUUUACGGACUGCUGUAUUAGCCUAAAUAGAGAUACAAGUUAAUCUGUGUCUAGCUGUCAGCAGUUGAUGUGCUCUUUUACAUUUGAGGAGAUCUGGUGAUAACAGCAAGUGAUGGACACUACUUUUAGAGGAUUAAGAUUUGUAGAACAGAUUGAGUUUUCCUUGCCACAGUGAACAAAACUAGUUUUUCAGGUUGAUACUAAUGUAAAUUCACAUAUUAUCUGUUGAGAAACAGAAGGGCGGUAUCUUGUAACCUUUAAAGCUCACCACAUACAGUAUACGAUCUGACUACGAUUAUACUUGGGAAGAAUUUGCAAUAUCAUUUGGUAUGAACAUUCAAACAUGUAAACCCUUAAUGAUCGAGGAUCCAAAUAGUCAUGUGAUUAAUAUUAAUCUAAUAUUCAAGGGAUUUCAUAAAUCUUAUUUUUUUUGGGGGAAAGCUAAAUUAGCUAAGAAUUGUAGUGACGUCAUACUCCUAGUGCGAUUGUCUACAAUAUGAAGCCGAUUUGGCUUUUAAUAGAGUUUGAAUGCACAAACUUUCCAGUUGUUAGUAUUUAUCAUUAUUUAGAACAUAAAUCAGGAAGUUGAUGAGCGUUUAUAUUCACAUUUAAAAUAUGAUUCCUCAAAAACCAGGUCACAGGAGAGUCGUACAGUGUGCGUUGGGCUUAACCCAAAGGUAAUGCCCAUCUGUCUCUCAACGCAUGAUGGCUGUCCCCAAAAGGCCGUAAGAGCUGUUUAUUGUCAAUGGUGAUAACCUCCUUUUUGCAGGCAGCUGACGGUAUCUAUUCUCUUUCGUACAUUUUAUAUAAAGUAUCGUUUGUUGGGGUAAGAUGAACCACUUCUUGUACAGUUCACCUUGCUUCCAGGGAUAAAUUGAAUUUGCAUUCCUAUUCUUCAAGGCCGAGAGCAAAACACAAUUAAGAAUUUCUUUUGAAAUUAUUUUUUAUUACAUGUAUGAUAUCUCUAGGCACUUUGUGAUAUAUAAAGUGAUGUGUUACAUGUAAGUAUUAUUGAACAAAAGUAGACUAAGGAUUUUGUAAGCCCAUGGGAAAAGUAGAUAUGUUACUGUUUUCCCUGGAGAAGGCCAUUCUUCGUGUAAGGAAAUAUCAUUGUGUUUGUGAGAAGAAAGGGACUGCCCAAAGCAAAAUAUACCUAAACCUUGACUACGAUGAGUUGUUCUCCCAACAAAUUAAUGAUACACGUCUUUGAUUCAUUGUUUUCAAGACUCUUCUUUCAAGAGAUUUGAUCUGCCAACGUUCAGCCGUCAUCUUCUUCACCUUUUGUGGUUCUGAUGAAUAAUAUGUUACUCUCUUAAAGCCAUCUAUAGCUCUAGGGCCAUUUUUAUUAAAUUAUAAAGAAACACAUUUUGAAAGAAAAACAAGAAAUUUGUCUAUAGCCCAGUU